CGUUAGAUAGUAUGCUUUGAGAAUCUAAUCAGUAAGUUAGUAAACGAUAAAGAAACACAACAUUGUAAAAGCACAUUGCUCCGUGAAACACAUUUCGAGAACCUCUGCACAGCCUUUUCAUGCCACCACAGACAGCAGGUAAUAGCUAUCAUUCAAUGAUGAUCAGCCAAUCAUUAGCUUCAGCAUACAAGACCGGUCGAUGGGGGAAAAGCGGCAACACAGCAAACUCACAUCACCACGACGCCGUUGGUAACAGCCUCCACACAAUGAGAGAGAACUUUUCGUUGGAGUUGAUCGAGCACACACACGAACCACGCCGUGAGAAUGGAAUAGUGUAUUGCACUUCGAGAGAAGGCGAAAUAUGAUCGACGAUCGGCUCCAUCAUCCCGCCACAUGGAGGGGAAGCACACGACGACCCGACACUCACACAGUCUACACUCGGUGGCGAGGCGAGCUCGCAAUCGCAAGCAAAACGGGAUUGCUUCAAUCGACGUCCAUCCGUGAAGCAAGUCAAGUGUGCAGUCCGUUUCUCCUUUUCGGAAUCCGCAAAACGACAGUUCGGUCAUACGGGAACGCGUGAAUAAGUGCCGGUGAUAUUAUCCAACGGAGAAUCUGUCCCCGCCAGCAUCAAUCCGGAGACCAUUGAGCAAAUAAAGCGAGUCACCACGCCAAGACCACGCGGACAGAAUUAUUCUAGAAUCCGAACUUUUACAACGAGAUUGAUCGUCGGCCAGCGGUGUAGGAUCCCGCAGUGACGAGAGCAGAUCACUGACACGCGGAACGGAUAGGAUCAUUCGAUCGGAGGAAGACCUAAUCGGAAGGCAGAAACGGGAGACCCGAAGUCAGCCAAACAGAUUACCAUCGAGUGCGAUUCGUGUUCCGUCCGAUUACACAGCCGGAGUUAAGGACGUUCGGAACCGGUAGGGCAGAGGCGACAGAAACCGGACCUCGUCGUAGAUCAGAGAGCCCCUCAAGAGGGUAAGUUUGAUGCCGCCAGACCUGCAGAGACGUAUCGAUAACGCCCCAACGCCUGCAGGGCUCUUUUUUCUUGUAGUUUCAUCCGCUCAACGAGCGCCGAGGACGAGCGAGGUCGCGAGGGUCGCGAUGCCGUAAAUCGAUAUUCCGUCCGGCCUAUCACCGAUUGCGAGUUGGUCAGAAGGAGGAACACCAACCAAACCGACGCGGUCGACGCCAAUACACGCAUUGAGAGGAGUUUUGGUCGGCAAUCCGUCGAUCGAGGGUCCGCAGACAUGUUCGCUGGGAAAACAACGGCGGCGCAGCAUCAGCGGAGCCAAGGAAGGCCCACACUGGAAGGAUGUCCGGUGGAGUAAGAGCAUGCAGAGUCCGUGAGUGCUAGAAUUAAGAGCAAUGUUGUUAGCCUAGGAGUUAAGCGCAGCGUAGGAGGUAAUAGGACCCCAGAAUAGGAGGCCAUGUUUGGCGAAAUACUAAAUACAUGUAUUUAAAAUGAGUUUGCUCUGUUUUGUGAUUUUCGUGGUGCUUUAGCCCUCAGUGUUUGUGACUUUAGACCCCCUUAGCUUAAGGUAGUUCCGCUCUACCUAGUCGGGACACUUGCAACACUGGCGCCCAACUGAAAAUCCACAUAAGAUAACUACCGUUUAGCGAAUUUUUGGUUUUGUGAAGUUUUGGUUUUUGUGCUUUUGAUUAUCCGGCAUUGAUAAUCAUCAAAAUUUUAGCCCUUACGCAUAAGAUUCGAUACACAAUAUGGAUUACACACACUUAACAGACGAAGAGGUGACGUAUGAGUUGGCUCUGCGUCACGUGGUAAAUUUAGGGCCUACCACCCACAGAGGGAAGGUCCUCCGUCUGAAGGCACUCAUGCAAGAGGAAGCCUUAAGAGAUAACCAGCCCACUAGCUCAGCCCAUGUAAUGAGUCCACAGUCCAACAUUGAACACUGUGAAACUCAAAUACAACAGCUGCACAUUAGCACUGAAGCGGCCAUUCGAACAGCCGAUAGGGCUGCAAUCAGUCAAAGCCGAACGCGUCUUACCCACUAUCGCGACAGAUUACGGUUGAUCCACCCCCCGGUCGAACUGAGAGAUCUGCAUGGGAUGUUAACCAUGCACGUGACUGUUUUACUCAACAAAGUGAAUGGUACUAGUGUAGUGAGUUGUGUACAACGAGGUGAGAAUGAGGUGAACCACACAAGUUCAACGGGUGCCAUAAGAAGAAGCAACAACGAAGAGGAAGGAGCAGUCGGUGGAACAGCGGAUGCCACGAUUCCAGUGGGCAACCAUUCAAAUCAGGAAUCCACACCACCGCCAGCCUCACAGCCGCCUUCGAUGACGUCAUUUUCCGGCGGACAAGGACGAGGAUUGCUGUUUUCUAGCUCAUUCCGAGCGCGAGACAACGAAGACGCAGGGGAAACACAGCCUAGACAACGGAACACCUCACCACCGCCUCCCUAUCUUCCCCGGGAGCGAGAAAUAUGGAACCGGCCAGCCCCAGAAGCACAGUCACGAGAAGUUCAGGAGCUGCAAGCGAGAAUAGCGGAGAUGCAGGAAAGAGAACAGCGGACGCGUGAAGAAAACUAUCGAAUGCGAGACGACCUGGAGCGGCUAAUCCGGCGAGAUCGACCAGCACCGGAACGAGCGGACGAUCGCCGAAUACAGAAGGCGGUACACAACUGGCCUUUCAAAUUUCGCGGCGAGAAGGACACGACAUCACUCAACGUGUUCCUAGAUCGCGUGGAGACAUUCGCGAGGUCGGAAGGCAUGAGCGAUGCCACACUCCUGAGUUCGAUCAAGCAUCUACUCCAGGAGGACGCAAUCGACUGGUACUCGCGAGCAACAUCGCAAAACCUGUUGCGGACCUGGGACCAGUUCAAGCGGGAGAUCAGAAGGGAAUUCCUGCCCAGCGGAUACUCCCAAAUUCUGCGUCUGGAAGCUAGCUUUCGAUUUCAAGGAAGGGAGGAAUCCUUUGCGAAGUUCUACCGAGAUAUCUCAGCGCUCUUCCGCUUCGUCGAUCCACCCAUUCCAGACGACGAAAAGUUCUUCCUGGUGAAGAAAAACAUGAACGAGAACUACGCAGCCAUCGUAACAGCAGCGAGGCCUCGUUCACUGGAAGAAAUGGUAGAAGUCUGCACCGGAUACGACGAGACGAGGAUGCUUCUGAACAGGCAACGCAGGAUUCCCAUUCCGCACAGCGCGCUUCUGGAACCGAACUUCGCUACUCCAGUAGUAACCAGCAGACCACCACCGGUUCAGCAUCACCAACAGUCACAGCGGUUCAACAGAGUUCACGCCGUGGAGGUAGAAGAAGGCGCAUUCGAGCACGAAGCAGCGGAGGAAGGACCAGAAGACAAUUGGCAGCACAUCGACGAGCUGGUGGAGCAAGUCAACGCGUUGAAGUUGAACAUUGAGCGGAGAUCUGCGAGACCAAGCUUUGCCGCACGCGACGAAAGGCAGACAAGGCCAACGGAUAGGUACAACCGGACAGAGGCUGACGUCCUGCGAGCAGCGCGGCAGUACACAAGAGAGGCGCAAACGCCGGCACAGCAGCAGCGGCCGCAAACCGCAUCGUACCAGACUCGGCUACCACAACAACAGCAAGAACAGCCGCAAAGAGCACAGGGCUGGCAUGCACGACAGUGGAUGCCAAGCUCGGAUCAGAGCGACAAUAACCGAAGAAGCCAACGUAUGCUGCCAGAACCAGCCAGGCAACGGGAAGAUCGCCGAAUACAACAGGAAGAAGCUCCGAACGGCCAACGAAUAGCAAUGCUUUGCUGGAACUGCGACGAGGAGGGUCACAGAUUCAUGGACUGUCCGAAGCCGCAAGCCAUCCUAUUCUGCUACCGUUGUGGAAGGAAAGGCUACUCGCUGCGCAGUUGCUUCACGUGCCGCAUGGACGCGGUAAACUACCAAGCGGAGAACCAGCAGUAGAGGGGAGCAGCUCU